UACGGGCUGAUCACCCAGAAAGCCCACGGAGAUAUGGUCCUUGCCAUUUUCGACAAGUGAUGACACGGCGCGGCCACUGCUGUCCAUGGUCUCGUAUGACCAAACUGGGGCUACGUUUGAUACCCUGAUUUUUUUUUUUCUCAGAACCUAUUUCAUCAAUGCCCUUACUCCUCAUUUUGACAACAAUUUCUGGAAUUUGACGUUUGGUUUAGCUUUCACCCAAGUGAAUUGACACUGUCCAGGCAGCUGCCUCUUCAUUUCGCACCAUUCAUCUUGAAACUACUCUGACAAAGUUACAGAUUGUGUGUUGUAUUAAUUGUUUGACAGUUUGAAGAUGAUUGUCGUUGGCAGAGAUAGGUUGAGGCGUAUUUUCUGUGAUGGGAGUUUUAACAAACAGUUAUGUUCCAUCUAUCAAUCUCGUCGACAAGAUUUUCAUUACUCUAAAAUUUUGUCCGGUUAUAAUGCAUUUCCAUCUUUUACCUCACUGAUACAAUAUCAUGUUAUGUCUUGUUUUUGGAAUCCCAUGAGCGAAACUCUAAAGCCUGUACAGUAUUUAUGCCGAACCCGGUUUAACCCACAUUCUAAAGUUUCUUCAAAUGCUAGUUUAUGUUGUUUUUACUCAACUAAAGGGCCAACAAGGUCCUUGAGGAGAAGGAUUAGUAAAAGAUCGAAAGUUAACAACAAGCGUACCCUUGAUGAAGCUCAAUUUCAAUCAGCAGUGUCUCAACUCCCUCCGAGGUUUAAUAAUGAAGAUCUGUGCAACCUUAUAACUCUUCAAGAGGACCCCUUGGUGUGUUUGGAGCUAUUCAACUGGGCAUCGCAGCAUUCCAGGUUUAGGCAUGAUUUGUCCACUUACCACAUCAUCAUAAAGAAACUUGGUGCAGCAAAAAUGUACCAAGAAAUGGAUGAUGUAGUUAAUCAAGUGCUUGCAGUUCCUUAUGUUGGUUCUGAGGCUCUUUACAAUACAAUAAUCUAUUUUUUCACAGAAGCUAGGAAGUUGACUAGAGCUGUAAAUAUAUUUAAGCAUAUGAAGAAUAGCAGGAACUUGGAAUGUAGACCUUCAAUAAGGACCUACAAUAGUCUAUUCACAGCAUUUUUGAGUAGAGGAAAAAAUUCCUAUAUAAAUCAUAUGUAUAUGGAGACGAUUAGGUGCUUGUUCAAGCAAAUGGUCAACGAUGGGAUUGAACCUGACAUUUUUUCAUUGAAUUCUAUGAUAAAAGGGUACGUGCUUUCAAAUCACGUUAAUGAUGCUCUUAGGAUAUUUCAUCAGAUGAGUGUGGUUUAUAACUGUCAGCCCAACUCAUUUUCCUAUGAUUAUUUAAUCCAUGGGCUAUGUGUCCAAAGUCGAACAAAGAAUGCUAAGGAAUUGUGUGAUGAGAUGAAGAAAAGGGGGUUUGUUCCAAGUUGUAGAUCAUAUAACUCACUUGUGAAUGCAUUGGCUCUUAAUGGGGAGGUUGAGGAGGCAGUGAAUUAUCUGUGGGAGAUGAUUGAGAAGCAGAGGUCUGUUGAUUUCAUUACAUAUAGGACAGUCUUAGAUGAGAUCUGCAGACGAAGCAGGGAUGGAGAAGCCAUGAAACUGCUGAAGGAAUUGAAAGACAAAGACUUUGUUGAUCAGGAUACUUACUCAAAGCUUCAAUGUGUUCUAAGAGAUGACUUUGCAGAUUCAAACAGGGGAAACCACUUCAGUGCCGUUACCUAAUUGUGAGAUCUACUCCAUACAGAUGACACAACAGCCAGAUUUAAAGGAGGUAAUGUCGCUCCAACUUAAUUGUUUAUGCUAUUAAACUCCCAAUUUGCAAGCAGCCAAGCAGAGUGUUGAUGGAUUGCUAUAUGUUUCACUAUGCACCCAAAAUGAAUGACAUCCACUGUGGAAGGGAAGUGCCACCAAGAACAAAAUAACAUCCCAGUGGAUGAGUUCAGGUUUUCGGUACAUGAAUUCAUAUUUAUCUGGCCCAAGUAAAACUACAUUUGCUAUUGAACUGAAAGUCUUAAGAUGCUGAUGAAGACCUGGUCAGAGAUCUACAGUGCUCGAGCCUCCUUCUCCACUUCACAGUCACCCAACUCUCUCUCCAGCCAUCAUACACAGCAAGCACAGUACAUUUCAAACAAGUCACAGAAUUGUAAACACAUACAAUUGAUAUGAAAUUCCAGUUGCAUGUAUGUAUUCAAUAAGGUUUACAAAA